AUGUUUAGUUUACAAUGUAUAUUUUGCUUCCUAUUCUUGUCGAACUGCAUACUGAUUGAAAGUGCCGAGCAGAAGAAGAGAGACGCCAGUUUGGGUAUCGGUAUUGGCCAUGGGAUCGGUGUUGGCCAUGGGGGCAUUGGAGUCGGGCCUGGCAUCGCUAUAUCAUCCGGCAUCGGUUACGGGUACGGUGCCGGCAUUGGCUACGGUACGGGCAUCGGCACGGGUAUUGCAAUCGGCGGCGGCACCGGCUUAGGCGUCGGCGGCGGUCUCGGUACGGCGGCGGCGCUAGCAGCCGCGGGCGUACCGACCCGCCACACCUACUCCGAGAUCAACAAUGGCGUCGCGAUUCCCGUACCGCGGCCCGUGCCCGUCGACGUGCCUCGCGCCGUACCAGUCGCGGUCCCAGUCGGCGUACCAGUAGCUCGGCCGCGCCCGGUCCCGGUCUCCGUGCCUCAGCCUGUACCGCACAUCGUGAACAGACCGGUGGCCGUACCGGUUGACAGGCCGGUACCGUACCCAGUAGCGCAGCCCGUUCCGGUGGCCGUGACACAGGGUGUGGGCAUUCCUGUGCCGCAGCCGGUCGCUGUUGGAGUACCAGCACCCGUACCCGUCGGCGUGCCUCAGCCCGUACCGGUUGCUGUCGGUGCCGUCGUUGGGUCCGCAGGGGGCUUAGGGGGCUUAGGGGGCUUAGGCGGCUUAGGGGGCUUAGGAGGGUUAGGUUCUGGCAUCGGCGCUGGCAUCGGAGCCGGCUCUAUCAUCGCAUCUAGCGCUGUUGGAGGAACAGCUAUCAGUUCCUCUUAUGGAGGACUCGGAGGUGGUGCCGUGAUAGCGUCAGGUGUUGGGGCCUCGUCGGUUUCUAGUCACGGAGGCCAUGGCUAUGUGGAGUCACACGGCCACGAAAUCGAACACCCUUAU